AUUGUGAAAUGUGAAAUGUCAUAGUGUUUAAUUUGUCAAUGUUUAUUGGUAUAUAAUAGAAAAAAAGAAAAAGAGCUAUUAGAAAAGAAUAAUUGGUGAAAAAAACCUUUGAAUUUCAUAAUUUGGUUUUUAAACUUGUGAUUUUGUUUUUACACGAGAGUAAGGAAAUAAAUGGGCAAUUCCGGUCUAAAACAACAUUAUGAAACCGCGUCGAAAACGGGCGUUCUACAAAUAUCUGAUCAUAGAUUGAAGGAAAUUCCACAGGAUGUUUUUAGUUUAUCGGAACAUUUGAGAAAUUUGGACAUAUCCAAGAACAAAAUUGUAAAUUUAGACGAUAUAAGCAGGUUAAAAAUUUUAAAGCAAUUAAACGUAAGCACAAAUGCUAUCCAAGAAUUGCCAUCUUCAAUAGGUAACUUGAGAAAGUUGGAAAUGCUCAACGUAUCAUUUAACUCGAUUCAUUGUUUGCCAGAUUCCUUUUCGAAUUUAAGUAAUUUGAAGCAAAUUUAUUUAAACAAUAACAAGUUUAAACAAUUUCCCAAACAACUUCUUGGACUCACCAACGUUGAAGUGAUUGAUCUUUCGAAUAAUAAGUUGACAAUGUUACCAAGCGGAAUGGCAAAUAUGUUUGCUGCAGAAUUAAAUUUGAGUCAAAAUGAGAUAUCUUCAUUAGGUGAGGAUUUACAUAAAGCACCCCGACUGAAGAUAUUGAGGUUAGAUGAGAAUUGUUUGGGCCUCGACUCAAUUACGCCGAGCUUACUGAGAGAUUCAAAAAUUCAUACUAUCACCAUUGAUGGCAAUCUAUUUGAGCCAAAGCAAUUAACAUCACUCGAAGGGUACAAUGAAUAUUCUGAGAGAUACACAACAAUUAAAAAGAAAAUGUUUUGAUUAAAUAAUAUGAUGUUAAUUUUUUCAAGUAAUUUAAGAAUUUUUGUAUAUAUCGAAAUUAUACCAAUAAUAAUCAUUGUGCUAUGUAAAUGCUAGAAUGUUGCACAACUACUAAUAUAGGUAAAACAAAUUCUGUUAAAAAUAAGUAGUCACUAAUUGUAUUACUGUAAUUAUUAAGCAAUAAUAAUAAUAAUAUACCUGAAUUGUGGUGCACUUCAAAUUAAAUAAUAUUUUUAUUGCAUAGCUUAGUCAUUUGUUCCUUCACCUUAUAAAUUAAAUUAUUUCAAAUAAUAUUUUAUAAUUAAAUGGAGCUAUAGCUAUAUAAUUGAAUAAAGUUUAUACACAAAUUAAAAAA